UCUUAUUCCAAGGCCAUUCCUAAAGAUUGCAGAGAGGUGCUAGAGUGAGCAUCCAGGGAACUGUUCAACUGAAAAAAAUAGAUAACAUUGACUUCUCAAAAUUCCAGUCUUUUGAGGAAGUGACAGCAGCCACUGCCAAUCCUGAUAUUAUACAUCAAUUGGAGGAUGCACUUAUGAUAUGGUACAAGCAAAUUGAGCAAGUUUUGAUUGAGAGUGAACAGAUGAGAAAGGAAGCUGAUGACUCAGGUCCACUUACCGAAUUAGAGCACUGGAAGCGUAUGUCUGCCAAAUUUAAUUUUAUUAUUGAGCAGAUUAAAGGACAACCUUGCAAAUCUGUCAUAAAUGUUCUCAACGUUUCACGUUCCAAAAUUAUAAAGCUGUGGCGAGAAGUGGAUGCCAGAAUAACAGAUACAGCAAAUGAAUCCAAGGAUAAUGUUAGAUAUCUAUAUACACUUGAAAAAGUUUGUCAGCCACUCUACAAUUAUGAUUUAGUUUCCAUGGCUCACGGAAUACAGAAUCUGAUUAAUGCUAUUAGAAUGAUUCAUAGUGUUUCCAGAUAUUACAAUACCUCUGAAAAAAUGACAUCUCUCUUUAUCAAGGUUACAAAUCAGAUGGUCACAGCAUGUAAAGCAUAUAUUACUGAUGGAGGGUUUAGCCGUGUAUGGGAACAGGAUACUCCAAUAGUAAUUCAGAAAAUUAAGGACUGUAUUUUUUUGUUUAAAGAAUAUCAGAAAAGUUUUCAUAAAACAAGAAAACAAAUUUUGGAAACUUCAGGGGAGAAGACAUUUGAAGUAUCUGAGAUGUACAUUUUUGGCAAAUUUGAAGCUUUCUGUAAAAGGCUAGAAAAAAUAACAGAGAUGAUAACGAUUGUUCAGACCUUUUCUGCACUAAAUAUGUCUACAAUUGAAGGAAUUGAUAUUAUGGCAAUUAAAUUCAAAAAUAUCUACCAAAGUGUUCAAAAGAAGAAAUAUGAUAUCCUUGACCCACGGAAAACAGAAUUUGAUGUAGACUUUGCAGAUUUCAUGACAAAAAUUGAAAAUUUAGAGGUCCAAAUACAGACAUUUAUGGGUGCUUGUUUCGUAAAAAUCUUAUCUUCACAGCAUGCUCUCCAGCUGCUUCAGAGGUUUCAGAAAUUGAACAUGCCAUGUCUUCAGAAUGAAAUUGCAUAUACAAUCGGGCGUAUUCUUCAGCACUAUGUUGCCGAACUUGAAUCAACUAAGAAGCUUUAUCAGGCACAAAAGGAUAAUCCUCCCCUGGCUCGAAACAUGCCACCGGUAGCAGGAAAGAUACUGUGGGUGAGACAACUCUUCAGGCGUAUAAGUGAGCCAAUCAACUAUUUUUAUAAAAACUCAGACAUCUUGGCAAGUGUGGAAGGAAAAGCAGUUGUCCGAUUAUAUAAUAAAAUUUCCUAUGUAUUGGUUGAGUUUGAGGUACUUUAUCACACAGCAUGGAUGAAAGAGAUUUCACAGUUAGAGUAUGCAUUGCAGGUUACACUAUUGGUACGUCACCCUGAAACUGGAAAGCUAUUGGUAAAUUUUGAUCCCAAGAUUUUAGAGAUUGUUCGAGAAACAAAAUGUAUGAUAAAAAUGGGCCUAGAGGUACCAGAGCAGGCAAAGAGGAUAGUCAAAAUUGAAGGAGAAGUAAAAGGAAACAAAUUAUGCUUGGAGAACAUUCUACACUGCUAUGAAAAUUUGUGCCAAGAAGUUCCAACAGUGUUUGUCAACUUGAUGGGACCUAAAAUGAAGAAGGUGGAAUCUGUACUGAGGCAAGGGCUUACUGUUUUAACUUGGUCUUCUCUGACAUUAAAUAGCUUCUUUCAAGACGUUGAUGAAGUUAUGAAAAUGUUUAAUCAACUUUUGAAAAAGAUUAAUGACUUGUGUGAAAUGCAGAUUGACUUAACACUGAAGGACAUAUCAAAUACUCUGCUGCUGAUACUACCUGAAAGUGCAACAAAAGUGGAGGACUUACUGGCACGCAAUGAGGUACACACAAAGGAAUGGGCUGAAAUAUUAAACAAUAAAAGUAGACAUAUAGAAGAUGCUGUACAAGAACUCAUAUCAAUAUUUGAGCACAUUUAUGAAGUUAAACAUGUUAAAAAGCCGAUACCCAAAAAAUUUCACUCACCAGAAGGAAAACAUGUAGCAUUUGGAGGUGGAGAAGAAGAGAGAGUCUCUUCAGGGUCUUCAAUUAUGAUUAGUAGUGAAGAAGCUGAGGACAGUGAAAAAGAGGAUGAGUUUAAAAAGGAAUGCAAAGAGGUAAUUGCAUAUUUUAGCCAUCAGUUGCUGGAUAGCCUGCAGAAAACUACACGAUUAUCCUUAGAUGCUCUUAAAAGAAGAGUAUUUGUUUCAAGCUCUAGCAACUUUGGACGGCUGCCUUAUUUAACUCAGACAACAGUCAAACCUGAAGAUGUUGUUACUUUUCUGAAAGCUGAAGUGCAUUUAGCUAUUCCUCAUGUGGUGAUGGUGCCCAGUUUGGAUGAUAUCCAGCAAGCCCUCAACCGUAUGAUUCAGUUGACCUUGGAUGUAAGCCGUGGUGUGGCUCACUGGGGACAGCAUCACUUGUUAAAAUCCAAUAACCAGGGGGAAAGCAAUGUUCCUGCAUCACCUAGCAUAUUAGGGAAACAAAAAAAAGAAGAAAAAACACUGGAGGAGCAAUUUCCUGCUAGAAAGUUGAGAAAUUUUUAUCCUGGUGUGGCAGAACAUAAGGAUAUAUCCAAAUUAGUUGUGCUUCUGUCCUCAGCAGUAAACUCUGUAAGGAAAGCUGCAAGUGAAGCAUUGCAAGACUUUCAAAAGUAUAAAGCCCUGUGGACAGAAGAUAGGGAUGCUAAAGUUCAGCAAUUUUUGGCCAAUAAUCCAUCUCUGACUGAGAUCCGAUCAGAAAUUCUUCAUUAUGCUACCUUUGAACAGGAAAUAGAAGAUUUAAAACCAACAGUUUCUGUUGGCCCCAUAGAACUCAAUACAGGGCCGAUGAAAUUAGCUCUUUCGAUUGAAGCAAAAGCAUGGAAAAUGUUGCUCUGUCGCUAUUUAAAUGAAGAAUACAAGAAAAAAAUGCAAGACAUGAUAAGUUUUAUAACGGAGUAUCUGAAAAAAUUAUCUCGACCAAUUCGAGAUUUGGAUGAUGUCCGUUUUGCUAUGGAAGCUCUGGCCAAUAUACGUGAUAAAGAAAUAGAAAUGGAUAUGAUAAUGGGACCCAUUGAAGAAGCCUACACAAUUCUGUAUAGAUUUGAAGUUGAAGUAACAAAGGAAGAAUCAGAAGGUGUUGAUACGUUACGGUACUCUUUUAAUAAGCUUCAAAGCAAAGCAGCUAGUGUUCAGGAUGAACUAAUUCAAGUCCAGCCCAAGUUUAAGGGUCAGCUUCUGGAGGCAGUUGAGGUUUUCCGUGAAGAUGUGUCAAAUUAUGAAGUAGCAUAUGAAACGGAAGGACCAAUGGUUCCAAAUACACCACCUCAAGAAGCUAGCAAUAGAUUACAGAUAUUUCAGGCCAACUUUGAUGAGCUCUGGAGGAAGUUUAUUACAUAUUCAUCUGGUGAGCAGCUAUUUGGAUUGCCUGUCACAGACUAUGAAGUUUUGCAUAAAAUCAGGAAAGAGUUGAGUUUGCUUCAGAAAUUAUAUGGUUUGUAUGAUACCGUGAUGAACAAUAUAAGUGGCUAUUAUGAAAUUCUUUGGGGAGAUGUUGAUAUUGAAAAAAUCAAUGCUGAACUUUUGGAGUUUCAAAACAGAUGCCGUAAGCUACCUAAAGGGCUUAAAGACUGGCAAGCAUAUUUAGAUCUUAAAAAACGAAUAGAUGAUUUCAGUGAGUCUUGUCCAUUGCUGGAAAUGAUGACCAACAAGGCUAUGAAACUAAGACAUUGGAACCGGAUUUCUGAAACAACUGGGCACCCAUUUGAUGUGGAAUCUGAUUCCUUUUGCCUUCGGAAUAUCAUGGAAGCACCACUUCUCAAGCAUAAGGAUGAUAUUGAGGACAUCUGUAUAUCUGCUAUUAAAGAGAAGGAUAUUGAAGCUAAACUGGCGCAAGUAGUGGAUAGCUGGGCAUAUCAGGUCUUGAGCUUUUCAGCAUUCAAAGGAAGAGGAGAACUCCUUCUCAAGGGAACAGAAUCUUCUGAAAUUAUCACAAUGAUGGAGGACAGCUUAAUGGUCCUGGGUUCUCUGCUGAGUAACAGAUACAAUGCACCAUUUAAAAAAGAUAUUCAAAACUGGGUGUUCAAACUCAGCACCUCUAGUGAUAUAAUUGAAGAAUGGCUGAUUGUACAAAACCUCUGGGUUUACCUUGAAGCUGUUUUUGUAGGUGGGGAUAUCGCCAAGCAGUUACCCCAGGAAGCAAAACGUUUUCAAAACAUUGAUAAAUCAUGGAUAAAAAUAAUGCAGCGAGCACAUGAAAAUCCCAAUGUCGUUAGCUGUUGUGUUGGAGAUGAAACUAUGGGACAACUUUUACCCCAUUUACAUGAACAAUUGGAAGUAUGCCAGAAGUCACUUACAGGGUAUUUGGAAAAAAAAAGAUUGCUGUUUCCUAGAUUCUUUUUUAUUUCUGAUCCUGCCCUUCUGGAGAUACUUGGACAGGCUAGUGAUUCUCACACUAUUCAGCCACAUCUUCCUGGUUUAUCUGACAAUAUAAAUGAAGUGGAAUUUCACCCAAAGGAUUAUGAUCGCAUUAUGACAGUUGUAUCAAGAGAAGGAGAAAAAAUUCCUUUGGACACCCCAGUAAAUGCAAAAGGACCCGUAGAGCUUUGGCUGCUGGACCUAUUGAAAAUGCAACAGUCUUCAUUACAUUGUGUAAUUCGGGCUGCAUUUUAUCAGAUUAGUGAUCCAGGCUAUCAACUGCUAAAUUUCCUAUAUCAUUUUCCAGCACAGGUAGGAUUGCUGGGAAUUCAGAUGCUAUGGACCCAUGAUUCAGAAGAAGCAUUAACAAAUGCAAAAGAUGAUCGGAAAAUUAUGUCAGUGACCAAUCAGAAAUUUCUGGAUAUUCUAAAUACUCUUAUUAGCCAGACUACUCAUGACCUUUCCAAGUUUGACCGAGUGAAAUUUGAAACCCUUAUCACCAUUCAUGUGCAUCAGCGUGAUAUCUUUGAUGACCUGGUUAAAAUGCAUAUUAAAUCAGUGAGUGAUUUUGAAUGGUUAAAGCAGUGCAGAUUCUACUUCAAGGAAGAUCUUGAUCAGACAUUGGUGUCUAUUACUGAUGUUGAUUUUGUUUAUCAAAAUGAAUUUCUGGGAUGCACAGAUCGUCUCGUCAUUACCCCUUUAACUGACAGAUGUUAUAUUACAUUAGCUCAAGCUUUGGGAAUGAACAUGGGAGGAGCCCCAGCGGGACCUGCAGGGACUGGUAAAACAGAAACAACCAAGGACAUGGGGAAAGCACUGGGGAAAUAUGUAGUAGUAUUUAAUUGUUCGGAUCAAAUGGAUUUCAGAGGAUUGGGACGAAUUUUCAAAGGCCUUGCACAAUCUGGCUCCUGGGGAUGUUUUGAUGAAUUUAACAGAAUUGAAUUACCCGUCUUGUCAGUAGCAGCUCAACAAAUUUACAUCAUUUUGACAGCAAGGAAAGAAAGGAAAAAGCAGUUUAUAUUUUCGGAUGGAGAUAUAGUGGACUUAAACCCUGAGUUUGGAAUUUUUCUGACAAUGAAUCCUGGCUAUGCUGGGCGGCAAGAAUUACCAGAAAACUUGAAAAUUCAAUUUAGAACUGUUGCGAUGAUGGUUCCAGACAGACAGAUCAUCAUGAGAGUGAAACUUGCAAGCUGCGGCUUUAUUGAUAACGUCAUUUUGGCUCAGAAAUUCUUUGUUCUGUAUAAGCUUUGUGAAGAACAGCUUACUAAACAGGUUCAUUAUGAUUUUGGGUUAAGAAAUAUCCUUUCAGUGCUGAGAACUCUUGGAUCACAGAAGAGGGCAAGACCAGAUGACAGUGAAAUGAGUACGGUUAUGAGAGGUCUAAGGGACAUGAACCUCUCUAAACUUGUAGAUGAAGAUGAGCCCUUGUUUCUUAGCCUUAUCAACGAUCUCUUUCCUGGGCUGGUACUGGAUAGUAAUACUUACGUUGACCUUCAAGCAGCAGUUGCAAAUCAGGUUGAUGAGGCAGGACUGAUUAAUCAUCCUCCUUGGAAUCUUAAACUUGUACAGUUAUAUGAAACUUCCAAAGUCCGCCAUGGAUUGAUGACGCUUGGACCAAGUGGAUCUGGGAAAACAGCAGUUAUAACUAUAUUGAUGAGGGCGAUGACAGAAUGUGGAUAUCCUCACAGAGAAAUGCGCAUGAACCCAAAAGCUAUUACAGCCCCUCAGAUGUUUGGCAAACUGGAUACAGCAACAAAUGAUUGGACAGAUGGAAUUUUCUCCACCUUGUGGCGAAAAACCCUUAAAGCCAAGAAAGGGGAGAAUAUUUUUCUGAUUCUAGAUGGCCCAGUAGAUGCAAUUUGGAUUGAAAAUCUGAAUUCGGUGCUUGAUGAUAACAAGACUCUCACUUUAGCAAAUGGAGAUCGGAUUCCAAUGGCUCCUACUUGCAAGUUGCUCUUCGAAGUGCACAAUAUUGAAAAUGCUUCUCCUGCCACAGUUUCCAGGAUGGGUAUGGUGUACAUCAGUUCUUCUGCCCUAACCUGGAGGCCAAUAUUGCAGGGAUGGUUGAAGACUCGUACUCCACAAGAAGCAGAUGUAUUAUUGGGUCUAUAUGACAAAGUUUUUGAUGCAGCAUAUACUUAUAUGAAACUGAAUCUUUCUCCAAAAAUGGAAUUGCUAGAAUGUAACUAUAUCAUGCAGUCUAUUAAUCUUUUGGAAGGCUUGAUACCCUCUAAGGAAGAAGGUGGCAUUGUAUGUCUGGCGCAUCUUCACAAGUUAUUUGUCUUUGGCAUAAUGUGGAGUUUAGGAUCCCUUCUAGAGUUGGAUAGCCGGGAGAAGUUGGAAGCUUUCCUGAGAAACCAUGAAAGCAAACUGGACUUGCCAACAUUUGAUAAAGGGGAAACACAUACAAUGUAUGAGUAUUUUGUUAGUGAUUAUGGUGACUGGAAUCACUGGAAUAAAAAGGUUCAGGAAUAUAUUUAUCCAACUGACAGUAUUCCUGAGUAUUCUUCUAUUCUAGUUCCAAAUGUAGACAAUGUCAGAACACAAUUUUUGAUGGAUACAAUAGCAAAGCAACACAAAGCAGUAUUGCUCAUUGGUGAACAAGGAACUGCAAAGACUGUAAUGAUUAAAGGUUAUUUAAAAAAAUAUGACCCAGAAGAACAGUUAUCAAAAUGUUUAAAUUUUUCUUCAGCAACAGAGCCUGGAAUGUUUCAGAGGACAAUAGAAAGUUAUGUGGACAAGCGGAUGGGCAGUACCUAUGGACCUCCAGGGGGCAGAAAAAUGACCAUAUUCAUUGAUGACAUUAACAUGCCCAUUAUAAAUGAAUGGGGAGAUCAGGUAACAAAUGAAAUAGUACGUCAGAUGAUGGAAAUGGAAGGAAUGUAUAGUUUGGAUAAACCUGGAGACUUUACUACAAUUGUUGACGUGCAACUUAUAGCGGCAAUGAUUCACCCAGGAGGAGGUCGAAAUGACAUCCCACAACGCUUAAAGAGGCAGUUUACUGUAUUUAAUUGCACCCUUCCAUCUAAUGCCUCCAUUGAUAAAAUAUUUGGAAUAAUUGGCUGUGGAUAUUUUCAUUCAUGUAGAAAUUUCAAGCCCGAAAUAAGUGAUAUGAUAAUGAAAUUGGUAUCCGCUGGUAGAAUAUUGUGGCAAUGGACUAAGAUAAAGAUGCUGCCUACACCAUCCAAAUUUCAUUAUAUCUUCAACCUGCGUGAUCUUUCCAGAAUUUGGCAAGGCAUGUUAACAAUUAAAUCAGAAGAAUGUACAAGUAUUCAUACACUUCUGGCUCUAUUUAAACAUGAAUGUACCCGUGUAAUUGCUGACAGAUUUAUUACCGAAGAUGAUGAAGAAUGGUUUGACAGAAAUUUUGGUAGAGUAAUUGAAGAACAUGUGGAUGCAGACUUAGUAUCACAAGUUCCAGCUGAACCAUAUUUUGUAGAUUUUUUGCGGGAUAUGCCUGAGCCAACGGGUGAAGAACCAGAAGAUUUUGUGUUUGAAGCACCCAAAAUUUAUGAAAUGGUUCCAUCUCUUGAAUUUUUAUCCGAUAAAUUACAGUUCUACCAAAGACAAUAUAAUGAAAAUGUUCGAGGUGGAUUGCUUGAUCUGGUGUUUUUCAAAGAUGCUAUCACACAUCUUGUUAAGAUCUCCCGAAUAAUCCGGACAGCAUGUGGAAAUGCUUUACUUGUAGGAGUUGGUGGUUCUGGAAAACAGAGUCUUUCUAGGCUUGCUUCUUUUAUAGCUGGAUACAAAAUCUUUCAGAUAACUUUAACAAGGUCCUACAAUGUGACCAAUCUAACAGAUGACUUAAAGAACUUAUAUAGAGUUGCUGGUGCUGAGGGAAAAGGAAUCACAUUUAUUUUCACCGACAAUGAAAUAAAAGAUGAAGCAUUUCUUGAAUAUCUUAAUAAUCUGCUUUCUUCCGGAGAGAUCUCCAAUUUAUUUCCUCGAGAUGAAUUGGAUGAAAUAACUCAAGGACUUAUAUCUGUAAUGAAAAAAGAGCUGGCACGAGUUCCCCCAACGUUUGAUAAUCUUUAUGAAUAUUUUAUAUCACGGUCAAGAAAAAACCUCCAUGUGGUACUCUGCUUUUCUCCUGUUGGUGAAAAAUUUCGUGCACGGUCUUUGAAGUUUCCUGGUCUUAUAUCUGGAUGUACUAUGGAUUGGUUUACUCAGUGGCCCAAGGAAGCCCUUGUUGCUGUGUCACAAUAUUUUCUGUCAGGUUUCAAUAUUGUCUGUUCUGCUGAAGUUAAAGCACAUGUGGUAGAAACAAUGGGCAUCUUUCAUGACCUAGUGUCAGAAAGCUGUGACAAUUACUUUCAAAGAUAUCGCCGAAGAGCUCAUGUCACUCCCAAAUCUUAUCUUUCUUUCAUCAAUGGCUACAAAGAAGUUUAUGCUGAAAAACUGUUCAGCAUUAACGAACAAGCUGAGCGUAUGAAUAUAGGCCUUGCUAAACUAAUGGAGGCUAGUGAAUCUGUUGCUAAACUCUCUCAGGACCUGGCAGUAAAAGAAAAGGAAUUGGCGUUGGCUUCUGUCAAAGCAGACAAAGUACUGGCAGAAGUGACUGUAAGUGCUGAGGCUUCAGCUAAAGUGAAGAAUGAAGUUCAAGGGGUAAAAGACAAAGCCCAGAAGAUUGUAGAUGAAAUUGACUCAGAGAAAGUGGUAGCGGAGGCAAAGCUGGAGGCAGCCAGACCUGCCUUAGAAGAAGCUGAAGCCGCUUUGAAUACUAUCAAACCUGCAGACAUUGCAACAGUUCGGAAACUUGCCAAGCCACCUCAUCUGAUUAUGAGGAUCAUGGAUUGUUGUCUAUUGCUAUUCCAAAAGAAAAUUGAUCCAGUUACCAUGGAUCCAGAAAGGCCUUGCUUAAAACCAUCCUGGAGUGAAUCAUUGAAACUAAUGAGUGGACCAUUUCUCCAGAGUCUCCAACAGUUUGCCAAGGAUAUGAUCAAUGAAGAGAUGGUUGAAUUAUUGCAGCCUUAUUUUCAAAUGGAGGAUUAUACUUUUGAGAAUGGCAAAAAAGUCUGUGGUAAUGUGGCAGGGCUGCUUUCUUGGACCCUGGCCAUGGCAACAUUUUACAGCAUAAACAGAGAUGUGUUGCCUCUUAAGACUAACUUAGCAAAACAAGAAGGACGCUUGAAAAUAGCCAAUACAGAAUUGGGGAAGGCACAAUCAUUGCUAGAUGAGAAGCAAGCAGAGCUGGACAAAGUGCAAGCCAAAUUUGAUGCAGCAAUGCAGGAGAAGAUGGACCUCUUGAAUGAUGCUGACAUGUGCAGGAGAAAGAUGCAGGCUGCCUCUGCCCUGAUCGAUGGCUUGAGUGGAGAGAAAAUCCGGUGGACUCAACAAAGUAAAGAGUUCCGAGCCCAGAUAAAUAGACUUGUGGGAGAUGUGUUACUUUGCACAGGCUUCCUUUCCUACUGUGGCCCUUUUAAUCAGAUAUUCCGGAAUCUCUUGCUUAAAGACUUAUGGGAGACAGAGAUGAGAUCACGAAAAAUCCCUUUUACCGAAAAUCUGAAUAUCAUUUCAAUGUUGGUAGAUCCUCCUACGAUCAGUGAGUGGAAUCUGCAAGGGCUUCCAGGAGAUGAACUCUCAGUUCAAAAUGGCAUCAUUGUUACAAAAGCAACCAGAUACCCACUUUUGAUAGAUCCACAAACUCAAGGGAAAACAUGGAUUAAGCAGAAAGAAAAGGACAAUGAUUUACAAGUGACAACUUUGAAUCAUAAAUAUUUCCGUACGCACUUAGAGGAUGCCCUCUCUCUGGGAAGGCCACUUUUAAUAGAGGAUAUCAGGGAAGAAUUAGAUCCUGCCCUUGAUAAUAUAUUAGAAAAGAACUUCAUUAAAUCAGGAUCUUCUUUCAAGGUGAAAGUUGGAGAUAAAGAAGUAGAUGUCAUGACUACUUUUAAACUUUAUAUUACCACAAAAUUGCCCAAUCCUGCCUUCACUCCUGAGAUUAAUGCUAAAACAUCAGUAAUUGAUUUUACUGUUACAAUGAAAGGACUUGAAAAUCAGUUAUUGAAGAGAGUAAUUCUCACGGAGAAACAGGAACUAGAAGCCGAAAGAAUUAAACUCAUGGAAGAUGUGACUUAUAAUAAGAGGAAAAUGAAAGAACUAGAAGAUAAUCUCCUUUAUAAAUUAACUACAACUAAAGGUUCUUUGGUGGAUGAUGAAUCACUAAUCGGUGUUUUGAGAACCACUAAACAAACAGCUACAGAGGUAUCUGAAAAACUAGAAGUUGCAGGAGAAACUGAGAAAAAAAUUAACACUGCUCAAGAGGAAUAUCGUCCUGCUGCUACACGAGGGAGCAUUCUUUAUUUUCUGAUCACUGAAAUGAGCAUGGUUAAUAUGAUGUAUCAGACUUCCCUAGCCCAGUUUUUAAAGCUGUUUGAUCAAUCCAUGGCUAGAUCUGACAAGACUCCUAUUCCACAGAAAAGGAUCACAAAUAUUAUUGAGUACUUGACAUAUGAAACAUUCACAUAUUCUGUUAGAGGCCUGUAUGAAAAUCACAAAUUUCUUUUUACCUUGCUUUUGACAUUAAAAAUUGAUCUUCAGAGGGGCCAGGUCAAACCAAAAGAAUUCCAGGCACUCAUUAAAGGGGGUGCUGCAUUGGAUCUAAAAGCUUGUCCUCCCAAACCAUUCCGAUGGAUUCUAGAUAUGACAUGGCUCAAUCUGGUAGAACUAAGCAAACUACCCCAGUUUUCAGAAAUUAUGAAUCAGAUAUCCCGUAAUGAGAAGGGAUGGAAAAAUUGGUUUGAUAAAGAUGCUCCAGAGGAAGAAACUAUUCCUGAUGGAUAUAGUGAUUCACUAGAUACCUGUCGCAAAUUAUUGCUUAUCAGGUCUUGGUGCCCAGACCGCACACUUUCUCAGGCCAGAAAGUAUAUUGGAGAUUCCUUGAGUGAGAAGUAUACGGAACCUGUCAUCUUAAACUUAGAAAAAACAUGGGAAGAAAGUGAUAGAAGGACACCUCUCAUUUGCUUCCUGUCUAUGGGAUCUGACCCAACGAACCAAAUUGAUGCAUUGGCUAGAAAACUUAAACUGGAAAACAGAGCUAUCUCCAUGGGUCAGGGACAAGAAGUCCAUGCACGCAAACUAAUUCAGAUGUCAAUGGUACAGGGUGGCUGGGUGUUACUUCAGAAUUGUCAUCUAGGUCUAGAAUUUAUGGAAGAACUUUUGGAGACAUUGAUGACUGCUGAUAUUCCUGAUGAGACCUUCCGAGUUUGGAUAACCACUGAACCACAUGAUAGAUUUCCAAUCACUUUGCUGCAGACUUCAAUAAAAUUCACCAAUGAACCUCCACAAGGUGUACGAGCUGGUUUGAAGAGAACAUUUUCUGGGAUAAAUCAAGACUUGCUUGAUGUCAGCAAUAUGCCUAUGUGGAAACCUCUCCUGUACACAGUGGCCUUCUUGCACUCCACUGUUCAGGAAAGGAGAAAAUUUGGUCCUUUGGGCUGGAAUAUUCCCUAUGAAUUCAAUUCUGCAGACUUCACAGCCAGUGUUCAAUUUAUACAGAAUCAUUUGGAUGAAUGUGACAUUAAGAAAGGGAUAUCUUGGAGCACAGUCCGAUACAUGAUUGGAGAAGUACAGUACGGAGGCAGAGUCACUGAUGAUUAUGAUAAGCGCCUUCUUAACUGCUUUGCAAGGGUCUGGUUCAGUGAGAAGAUGUUUGAAAACACUUUCUGUUUUUAUAUUGGAUAUAAAAUCCCGGUUUGCAAAACUCUUGAGCAAUAUCAAGACUACAUUUCAACUCUCCCUGCCAUGGAUAGUCCUGAAGUCUUUGGUCUUCACCCUAAUGCAGACAUAACAUACCAGAGUAACACAGCAGCUGAUGUCUUGAAUACUAUAACCAAUAUUCAACCAAAAGAGAGUGGAGGUGGAGUAGGAGAAACUCGAGAAGCUAUUGUGUAUAGACUAGCUGAAGAUAUGCUUGAGAAACUGCCCCCUGAUUAUGUACCCCAUGAGGUAAAAGCUCGUUUAAUUAAAAUGGGCCAUCUUAAUUCAAUGAACAUUUUUCUUCGCCAAGAAAUUGACCGCAUGCAAAAAGUUAUCAAAAUAGUCCGAAACAGCCUCCUUGACCUUAAACUAGCCAUAGAAGGAACUAUUAUUAUGAGUGAGAACCUAAGAGAUGCUCUUGAUAACAUGUACGAUGCUCGAAUUCCUCAGCUCUGGAAGCGUGUAUCAUGGGAUUCUUCUACCCUGGGUUUCUGGUUUACUGAACUUUUAGAAAGAAAUUCCCAGUUCCGUAUUUGGAUCUUUGAAGGAAGACCACAUGUAUUUUGGAUGACUGGGUUUUUUAAUCCACAGGGCUUUCUAACAGCUAUGAGACAAGAGGUUACCAGAGCACAUAAAGGCUGGGCUUUGGAUACAGUGACCAUCCAUAAUGAAGUGCUGAAACAGGUCAAAGAAGAGAUCACUGCAGCCCCUCCUGAAGGGGUUUAUAUCUAUGGAUUAUACUUGGAUGGAGCUGGAUGGGAUAGACGUAAUAAUAAGCUUACUGAAUCUACAGCAAAGAUUCUUUUCACUUUACUUCCUGUUGUACAUGUAUUUGCAAUUAACACAACAGGCCCAAGAGAUCCUAAACUCUAUGUUUGUCCCAUUUAUAAGAAGCCAAGAAGAACAGAUUUGACCUAUAUCACUGCAAUCUAUCUAAGAACAACUGUAUCUCCUGAUCACUGGAUACUAAGAGGAGUAGCUCUUCUGUGUGACAUUAAAUAAAUUCUAGUCCUUGGACUACAACAGAAACAUGAAACAUGCUUCAAAAUAUGAGGGCACACAAAUUAUUUUUUCCUUAAAAUUAAAUAUUGUUUCCUCUUUCUAGCAACAUUUGUAUUGUUAUGUUUUGUUCCCUAUUUAUAUUAAAUCUUA